UAACCGCUCUGAUGUCAGGUUAUAAUGCACGCAUGCUCGACAAGAAUUCGCACUCGUUUUUUAAACGCACAUUUACCAUUUUCGGAGCAGAAAUCAUCUUGAAGGAGAAAUAUUGCAUCCCCUCAGCGGCUUUCCCCCCUCCAGAUCUCCAUGACAACAAUUUGCGAUGGUGAAGAAUUUGAUACCAGGGCGCUUGGAGGCUGAUUGGGGUGCAUUGUAAGAGGCCUGGGGUCGCUGAUUGGUUCAAGGGAAGCACCAUAACUACAAGGAGUUUAUAUUCAUUCAACUUGUUGAAGUGCUCCUAUACUGCAGCCUGGGAGAAGUCUGAGGUUAGACUGAGAGGAUCCGGACUGAUCCAGCAGUGAUCCUGACGGUGGAUUGCAUAUUUUAACAUGGACUGAACAAACCCUCGAUACAAUAUGGCAAAUGCAGACAGUGAGGUCAAAACUUUACUAAAUUUUGUAAAUUUGGCAUCCAGCGACAUCAAGGCGGCCCUAGAUAAGUCCGCUCCGUGCAGGCGCUCCGUGGAUCACCGGAAAUAUCUCCAGAAACAACUGAAGCGCUUCUCUCAAAAAUACUCCAGAGUCCCAAGAUGCCACACACACAGGUCUGCGGAGUAUAGGUGCGCCAAACCGAUGGGGUCUGUCCAUCAGAGUGUGGCAGAAAAGGCCAGCUCUGGUGCGCAGGAUGUGGAUCAACUGGGGAGCUCUGUGGAGCAGGUGCCUAUGAGGAAACGCCAGCUACCGGCCUCAUUUUGGGAGGAACCUAAGUUGACCCCAACCAAGAGGGAGCACUCAUAUUUAGGAAUGAAAAGGAGCCAUGCAGGCACAUCGGAGGGAACUGAGAAUGAAAAGAGGAAACGAAGUUGUGAUGAUGAUGCAAAGACCGCAAUAUCUGCGUGCAGCCGGCGCAGCUCGGCGGAUAAAGAGACGCUGAAACUGGACGUGACCUCUCACCACUGCGUGAGUGUGUGCGGCUGUUGCCCUUUCCAGUACCACGGACACCAGAUCCUUCACAAUCACAUUUUUGUCCCUCAUCCGCCCCUGGGAUUGUGGAGCAAAGCAGCAGGGACUGAGACGGAGAGAUCCGAGCAUCCUUAUGGACAGAAAAUUCACACGCACGUUGUUGUCAAACCCAUACCGACCAAGCCCACCGCUCAGUCACCAAUCUUCAGUGUGUUUGGAUUCAUUUAAUUAACUCACUAAAUGAACCCAUCACACAAAACGCGUGUAAAUAGGACUAAUGACUUUCAGCGUUUCUCUUUCAGCAUUUUAAAUCGAGAUACUUCCUCCAGCACUUAUGGAAAUGCUUCAUCUAUUUUUGUCUUUUAAAUCUAAAGGACUAAAUUGCACUGAAUAAUUUCAUCAUCUUCACUUUCAUGCCAGUCUUAUGCCUGACAAUUGACAGUAAGGUAA